AUGUCAGAGAUCAACUUACUCUCAAAAGAGGAGAGAGAAGCUGAUAAAGUUUAUUAUCAAUCAAUUGCUGACAAUCAUAUUAUAAAUCAACAUCCAAAUUCUACAGUAGUAUCCAACAACAACAACAAUAACAAUAGUAAUAAUAAUAGCAAUAAUAAUAGUAGUACAUUACAUGGAAGUGGAAGUUAUGCAAAUAUAACAGUUGAUGGAAAUAAUUAUAAAUCACCACAUAGUAGCGGUACAUAUUUAAAUAACAAUAAUAGUAAUAGUGGAAAAGUAGUAAAGAGAGUAUCUGUAUUUCAUGCUGAACCCGACCAACCAAUUGCCUAUGAGGAUCUAGGAAUUGCUCCGGGAACCAAUGCACUCGAAGCGAAACACAUCAUCCAGAAUCACAUGUUUGGAUUCCGUCCAUUCAAGAGUCAUAUCACAAAGCGAAAAUUCGAGGAGCGUUCUCCAGAGACACGUAGACUUUACACAGAGAAUGCAGUCAUUGAAAAGGGUGUCAAUUCAUUUGGAAACUAUUUCUAUUCGAUUUUUAUUGGUAGUUUUUUAUAUUUGGUUUUUGCACUUGUCAGUAUUCCAUUUGGAAAGAUAACAUGGAGUUUAAAGGAUUUUGUGUUGUGGCCAUUUGGAAAAUAUUUACAGAAAUCGUUUGGAGCUAGAUCGCCUGAUGGUGAGAAAAUGCCACUUCGUGGUGGCGGUGGCGGUGGUGGAAAAUCAUCGAAAACAACUACAUUUAGUUUUGGUUUAGUUAUUUAUUAUUUAAUAGGUGCACCAUUUUUAAUUUUAUUCCAAGGAUUCUUUAUUAUAUUUACUUGGGAGUUUGUUGUUGGAAUUCCAACUGCAAAGAUGCUUAAUAAAAUAUUAUAUAAUUUAUUGGUUGAUCCAUUGGGUCUUAAAGUUGAAUUCCAUGUUCCAAGAUCAGACUAUGAAAUUCUAUUGUAUCCUGUGGAAGCAUUCAACUAUCAAUAUUAUAAAUUCAAUGUCAGUGGUAUGAAUGUAUGCUUGGUCAAUUUGCUACCAUUUGUUGUAUUAUCACUUGUAUCUGGUUAUUUCUUUGAGAAGUAUAUUCAUCCAGUAUUUAUAUUUUUAUGUUGUGUAUUAUCUACUAUUCCACUUUCAUAUUAUAAUUGUAAAGCGAUUGCAUCGCUUUCGGCUCAAACAAGUUUUGCACUGGGUGCACUUAUUAAUGCUAGUUUUGGUUCCAUUAUCGAGUUGAUUCUCUAUGUGGUGACUCUCUACGAUGGACAGGAGGAAGUAGCGAGAUCAGCUAUUACCGGUUCACUACUGGGCGCAAUGUUGUUGAUUCCCGGAUUGGCAAUGGUAGUCGGUGGAAUCAAGCACAAGGAACAGCGAUUCAAUCAUUCGGUGAUGGGUGUAAACUCUGUUCUGUUGAUGGUCGCCAUCGUUGGAAUCUUCGCACCGACAAUCCUCUACAAAACCUUUGGAAACUAUCAUUUGUCGUGUUCGGAGUGCACCGACGUCAGUGGAACAAUCGCUUGCAACGUCUGUAAAUAUGUACAAGAGGAUUUCGGAAGUGAUCCAGUCUACACCAAGAAAGCGAGAAUCCUACAGUAUGCAAUCUGCACUGUUCUGCCGAUUGCCUAUAUUAUCGGUCUGCUCUUCACACUCAAGACUCACACUCACAUUUUGAAUCCACCCGAGAAGGAUGGUACUGCAACUGGAGGACAUGGACACAGUCACGGAUCCGAUUCAGAGGGUGAGUCGGAAUGGUCGAAAGCUCAGUGCAUCGUGAUUCUCUGUGUUUGUACAACGAUGUUUGCUCUGGUCUCUGAGAAGCUGGUAGGAACGAUAGAUCCUGUGGUGCAAGCAUUUGGAUUGACACAUGAAUUCCUUGGUAUCACUAUUCUUGGUAUUGUUCCAACCGCCGCUGAGUAUCUCAAUGCCGUCCAAUUUGCACUUCACAACAAUAUGCCAUUGGCAUUGGAAAUCGGUGCAUGUGGUGCAGUACAAAUUACACUAUUCCAAAUUCCUGUUUUAUUAUUCAUUUCAGUAAUAAUGGGUCAUUUCACCAAUUUAGCAUCAUUUAAUUUAAUUUUCCCAAUGAUUGAUUUCUAUGCCAUUUUCUUGGGUGCUGUAGUAAUGAAUAUUGUAUUCUCCAAUGGAAAGACCAAUUAUUUCAUUGGAUCAACACUCUGCAUUGUUUAUUUAAUCAUCGUAUUUUUAUUCUUCUUUACUCCAUCCAUCUAG